GGUUUUCUAAGAAAUUAAUCGACAAACAACAAAAAAAAAAAAAACCACAAGUUGAUAUUAAAUUUUAUAUCAAUUAAUUGAAGAAAACAAAGCAACACAAUUUAAGUAGAUAAAUUAAAAUGUCUUCAGUAUUGGGAAUGUGUGAAACUCCUGGAUGUAACGUAGCUGCUACUCUACAAUGUCCAACAUGUUUAAAAAUUGGCAUUCAAGGCUCAUAUUUUUGCAGUCAAACUUGCUUCAAAGGAAACUGGAAAUCUCACAAAGUGAUUCACGAAAUUGCUAAAGGAGAAAGCAACAAACGAGGAAUUUCAGAUGAAUAUAAUCCAUGGCCUUCAUAUCAUUAUACUGGAAAAUUACGUCCAUAUCCAGCUGUACCAAAAAGAGAUGUUCCAAGAUCAAUAAUGCGUCCAGAUUAUGCUGAUCAUCCAGAAGGUGUACCAUUAAGUGAACAAGAAGUUCGUGGAUCAUCACAAAUUAAAAUAUUAGAUGAUGAUGAAAUUGAAGCAAUGAGAGUUGCUUGUAAACUUGGACGUGAAGUACUUGAUGAAGCAGCUAAAGUAUGUGAUGUUGGUGUGACAACUGCUGAAAUUGAUCGUAUUGUUCAUGAAGCAUGCAUUGAUAGAGAUUGUUAUCCAUCACCAUUAAAUUAUCAUCAAUUUCCAGCAAGUUGUUGUACAUCAGUUAAUGAAGUUAUUUGUCAUGGUAUACCAGACACUAGACCUCUAGAAAAUGGAGAUCUUUGUAAUGUUGAUGUGACAGUGUUUCACAGAGGUUUUCAUGGUGAUUUGAAUGAAACAUUUUUUGUUGGUGAUGUUCAACCAGAAAUAAAAAAACUAGUCCAAGUUACUUAUGAGUGCCUAUCAAAAGCAAUUGACAUUGUUAGACCUGGUGAAAAAUAUAAAGAAAUUGGUAAUGUUGUACAAAAACAUGCACAAAGUGCAGGUUUAUCUGUUGUACGAAGUUAUUGUGGUCAUGGAAUACAUAGACUAUUUCAUACAGCACCAAAUGUUCCACAUUAUGCAAAAAAUAAAGCUGUUGGAAUAAUGAAACCUGGUCAUUGUUUUACUAUUGAGCCAAUGAUAUCACAAGGAACUUGGCGUGAUGAAACGUGGCCAGAUGACUGGACAGCAGUUACAGCAGAUGGUAAAUGGUCAGCUCAAUUUGAACAAACUCUUCUUGUAACUAAUGAUGGCUGUGAAAUUCUUACAAAAAGACGUACUAAGGAUGGUAAUCCUUGGUUUAUGGACAAAUUGUAAAUUAUAAUUGUAUAUUAUAAUGUAAAAUUUGUGUAAUACAUAUUCAAAUCAAAUUAAAA